AUGUCCGGCUACGACGAGAAGAAGACGGGUGAGGCCCUCGCGCCCGUCCCCACGACAGAGUUCGGCAGCGUGCAGGACUACCCCAAAGUCGACGAUGCGACUCACGAUGCCGUUUUCGGAGAGAUCAGUGAGGAUGGACCAAACUACCGUGACGUACGUUGCGUUCGACGCUAUGGCGGAGCUUCGACACUGACUUCAUAUGGCAGGUUGGCUGGAUGGGUACGGUGAUCCUCAUGUGCAAGACCCAGAUUGGUCUCGGUGUUCUUGGAAUUCCCGGAGCUCUACACACCCUCGGGAUGAUACCAGGUGUUAUCAUCCUGAUCAUCAUCGCUAUCAUGACAACAUGGUGUGGUCACAUGGUUGGAAAGUUCAAGCUUCUGCACCCGCAGGUAUACGGUAUCGACGACGCUGGCAAGCUCAUGGGCGGUCGCAUUGGCCGGGAGAUUCUCUGGAUUGGAUUCAUCCUCUGUGAGUUGGAGCCUCGGAGCAUGCCCGAUCAGCAGUCGUGCUGACAUUCACAGACUUCACUUUCCUCUCUGCCUCGGCCAUGCUUAGUAUCUCGAUCGGUUUCAACGCUCUCUCGGUGCACGGUGCUUGCACUGCGAUCUUUGUCGUCGUUGCAGCCCUGAUUGGUUUCCUCUUUGGCAGCAUCCAGACCCUCGGAAAGGUCUCCUGGAUCGCCUGGAUUGGUGUCGCUGGUAUUCUGACUGCUGGUGAGAAUGCAUAAUACCCAUCGCAAAAGAGAUUCCUGCUCACACUCGCCAGUCUUCACCCUCACCAUUGCAGUCGGCGUGCAAGAUCGACCUGCCGAUGCUCCUCAAACGGGCCCUUACGUCAGGAACUUCGAGAUCAUUGGCCACCCAACGUUCGCCGACGGCAUCUCUGCAGUCUCGACCAUCGUUUUCGCGUUUGCUGGAACUCCGGCCUUCUUCUCGAUCGUCUCGGAGAUGCGCAACCCUCGCGACUUCACCAAGUCUCUCUGCGUCGCUCAGACGAUUGUCACGCUCGUGUACCUGGUCGUCGGUAUUGUCGUCUACUACUACUGCGGAUCGUACGUGGCAUCGCCCGCUCUCGGUUCGGCUGGUCCCCUCAUGAAGAGAGUCUGCUAUGGCCUUGCAUUGCCUGGACUGGUUGCCAGCUGCAUGCUGUUCGUUCAUGUAAGUCCUCGUGGCCUCAGAUCCUAAGUGUGGUCCCGUUGCUGACAGCCCCCAGCUUCCCGCGAAGAGUGCAUUCAUGCGCAUCAUGCGUGGCUCGGAGCACCUGACCAAGAACACCCCCAUCCACUGGAUGGCAUGGCUCGGCUGCACCGCCACCAUCACCAUCGUGGCAUACCUCAUCGGCAGCGGAAUCCCCGUCUUCGACGGCCUCAUCUCGCUCAUCGGAGCGCUGCUGGCCACCGCCAUGUCCUUCCAGCCCAUGGGCCUCAUGUGGCUCUACGACAACUUCAAGCGCAGCACCAGCGAGCGCGACAGCAAGUGGUGGAUCGGCGUCACCUGGGCCUUCUGGAUCGUCAUCAUCGGCACCUUCAUCAUGAUUGCGGGCACCUACGGCUCCAUCGUCGGCAUCAUCAAUGCGGACCGCACCACUCCGUGGUCGUGCGCCGACAAUUCGGGUUCCGUCUAA